GUUGAUGAUAAGCCGGCGCCUGCCUGCGCAACCUCGUCAUCUGCCUGCCUCUAUCAACUUCUACCUUUCUUGCCCAUUCCCUCGCCUCUUUCGCUUUGUCAGACGGCCGCGCCCACACUCAUUUACCGCACGUGUCACCUGGGGCAGCUUACGAGAACACUGUUUGCCUAAUUGCCCCCUUCUCGUCCUUGUAUAUCUUCCCCUACUCAUUAGUCCGACCGCCAUGACGCCCCCCUCCUCCAAGGUGGCAUCCUCCUCAUCCACCGAACCGGACACGUCCUACGUGAAAAUGGAUACAGCCGAAGAUCCCACCCUCAUCGGCAAGCACUGCGAAUUCGAAUACUGCAAUCAGCUCGACUUCCUCCCCUUUUUCUGCCAAUCCUGCAAACACACCUUCUGCCUAGACCACCGAACCGAAACCGCGCACAAAUGCGCCAGCGAAGGCGCCUGGGCACGUCGACGCCGGCAAGCCCAACUUGCCCGCCCGGGCGCCGGAGACGGCAAGCGCAUGCGCGACUUCGUUUCUCAAAAACCCUGCGCGGCGCGCGAAUGCAAGACAACGGUGGGCACGUCGCUGGUGCCGGGGGUGCACUGCGAUAAAUGUAAUCGGGACUACUGUCUCAAGCACCGACUGGGCGAGGAACACGACUGCGCGAACCUAGUUCCCAUCGGGGCGCGGCCGCAGACUUUCGACGUCGGCCGCGAGGCUAAGAGCGCGCUGGCCAAGUUCAAGGCUUGGGGAAUGCAGAAGCGGGAGCAGGCCACCAGGGCGCUGCCGAAGCCGAAGCCGACGACAGCGAGUGCGCGGUUGGUGGCCGUGAAUAAGUUGAAGAAGACGGCCAAGGGGGAUACGAAGCUGCCGCCUGAGAAGAGGGUGUAUUUGUAUGUUGAGGCAGAGGCGGAGACGACGACGGCGAAGUUCCCGAAGGGGGAGUUCUUUUAUAGCAAAGAGUGGGUUGUUGGACGAUUGUUGGAUGCAGCGGCUAAGGGGCUUCAGGUGGAGAAUGUGAAUAACUCGUCGGCAGAGGAGAAAGACAAGCUACGAGUGUUCCAUGUGGAAGGGGGGCGUGUGUUGGAGUAUAAUGAGAAGGUGGGCAGUGCGCUGACAAGUGGGAAUACAGUCGUCUUGCUUAGAGGCGUUGGACCACCAGUCCCAGACCUAAUCGACAUGAAAUAGGUAUUCGGUAGAUUUGAUGAGACAUGAUGGAGCGCAUGGGCGGCGUUGGUGGCUGACGGAUACAUCAACCAAAACUGAAGC